UCUUCAACACAAAGCUGUGAGAAAGGAAGUUACCGAGCAGAUUUUCAGUCUAAGGAGUCUGCAGUGGAGCCAGGACACGGUGGUGAGAGUUUUCCUUAUUGUGAAGCGUCUCCAUGAUGAGGCGUCAACAGAAGAAGGUAAGAAGGUAAAUAUGGAGGUAAACCAGCAGGAAGGAGAUGGAGAAGCUGCAGCCAGAGGUGAAAACCCAAGCAGAACCUCCAAGCUGCCAGCAGAGAGAGUAGUUCUGCUGGUUCUGGUCGGUCUGCUGGCUGCUGCUCUCAUCAUCAUCUUCAGACUCUAUGCUGCUUGUUUGAUGACCAAUAAAAACCAGAGAGAGGAGAAAGACGAUGUGAGGAAACAUGUCUCAGGGGAAACCUGUCUGAAGUGUGCGGCAGGAUGGGAGCAAAAUGGAGGAAAAUGUUAUUAUUUUUACACCGUGAGAUCAGCCUGGACUGAGAGCCGACGUUUCUGUCAGAAUCUGGGAUCAGACCUGGUGAAGAUCGACAGCAGAGAGGAGCAGAUGUUCCUGGAGGUCAGACUGAGAGCGUUGAUGGAGCAUGAUGAGGACCGGUUCUGGAUCGGACUGACGGACUCAGAAGUAGAAGGCAGAUUCUUGUGGGUGGAUGGAUCGCCGCUGGACCAAAGUUUGAGCUUUUGGGGUUGGCGCCAACCAGACAACUGGAGCAGGGCCAGCCUGAAAGCAGGCAACUGUGUGCGGAUGGGCAAGAGAGGAGGUUCUGGUGAUCCGACGUCCUGGUUCGAUAGGUCCUGCAGCGAUCCGCAGAAAAGUAUCUGUGAAGCAGCAGGAACUCAGUCAUGUGUCUGAAGUUCAGUUGAGUCUAAAAAACGACCAGAGCUCAAGUUGGUUUUAUGAAGAAAAUGUAACAAAUAAAAUAUGAAUGAAAAAACACA